GCGAACCCUUCGCCAAUAUGGCGGCGCCCAGGUACCAUGUGUUUGUUGGAGCUGAAACUGGGCUUUUAAAAGGCGUCAACACAGAGAAGCGCGUAUUCGCGAACCUGAACAGCCUGCAAGAGGUCAGCAAAAACAAUGAAAUCACGUGUCUUCGCUGGAAAGAUUCCUCCGAAUCUGAGAUUUACGCCGGCUUACGAUCCCAAACCGUGAAGACGUACUGCCCAAACAGCGGCGUUUGCAAGGACGUGUUCGAAGUCAAAGGAGGGGAAGGCCCAAUCAAAGGACUAGGCGUCGUUAACUCAAACCUGGUCACCUGCGUGAGUUCGGGUCUUCUGAGGGUGUGGGCCCAGGAUGGAAGCACUCAGGCAGAAACGGAGGUUGGUGCAGACGUGUAUCGAAUGCGACAGCACCCUCGGAAAGAGGGAAUCGUGGCCACAGGAGGCAAGGAAAAUGAGCUCAAGUUGUGGGACCUGGAAAACCUGCAGGAACCCGUCUUCACGGCAAAAAAUGUCAAGAAUGAUUUCCUUGAUCUCAGAGUACCAGUCUGGGUUACAGACAUGGGCUUUAUGAAUGAUUCUGAGAAAAUCAUUGCCAUUACAGGUCACCACCAGGUUCGUGUUUAUGAUCCAAGCUCACGGCAGCGGCGGCCUGUCGUGGACUUUGAGUUUGACGAGUAUCCCCUGACGUGCCUGUCUCUGACGCCAAGACCAGAGCAAGUAGUGGUUGGGAACAGCCAUGGCCGUGUCGGUCUGCUGGACAUCCGCCGCAAGGGCAUGGUGCACGUGUACAAGGGAGUGGCCGGAAGCAUCCGCGCCGUCUGCUGCCACCCUAGCCUGCCACUCGUGGCGAGCUGCGGCCUUGACCGUUUUGUCCGAGUCCAUGACCUCCACUCCCGCUUGCUCAUCACCAAGCUUUAUCUGAAGUCUAGACUCAACUGCCUACUCAUGCGAACUGACUUCACGGUUGAAGAUGAGGAAGAAAACAAAGACAAAGAAGAGGCCACAGCUGAUGACGAUCUCUGGGAAGAGAUGGAGGAAGUCGACGAAGCAGCUGACAUUUCAGCGCAAAAGGUCCCCGUGAAGAGAAACUGCAAAGUCGCCGUGGCCAAGAGCAAAAAGAGGAGAAAAUCCAAUAAACGAGAUGGUUAGCUGGAA